UCGCAGACAUUUCUUCACAGAAAUGCUUUCUUUCGGAUUUCUGUGUCUUCUGGAGGCCAGAGGCCUCGGAAGACAAGGUAAACAAUUAUUAUCAGCUGCUGUGGAAUGUAAUGGGACGCACCUUGAUUGGCUCAUUUUCUUUGUUUAUAAUUAAGGGCCAAUCACAAAGUGUAAGCCAGGGACUCAGUCCUUGGACACAACUUUGUUGUGGAUUCUUCUUUCUAUCGAUUCCUAGCCUAGCCUAGCUGCUCUGCAAACCUCUCUCUAUAUUCUAUUAGCAUAUUAAUAAUGUAUUAUAUAUAAUAUAUAAAUAAAUCAAGCCUUCUGAUUCAAGAAACAAGAUUCAUCGUCUCUCUCUCACCAGCUGCGACCCACUCAGGCGCAGUAAUAUCUGGUGACCCGACGUGUCAGAGCAAAAAUUAAUUUGAUAAGACCAGAGGAGCAAAAUUGCUGCACUGGGUAAAAAUCCUGUAUGUGUAGCAUUUGAUGGUUGCUUUGAAGUGACCACAAAAGUGGAUUCAAGCCAGGAGCUGAAGAACUGAAGAUCCUGAUUUGGACAGAGUUCACAGCCAAGGCUGACCACAACAGAACCUUCUGGAAAACCAUCAGGAAAGAUGAUGGAAAAGAGCAGCAGACCUGUGGAGCUGGCCAGAGCAAGCUGGACUCUUUCAAAAGGUACUGUUCAAUUUUCCAUCCCUGAGGAUUCAGGCCUUCGUAGUCUGUGGCUGUUCGUAUGGCAGACACAUGCCUUACCAGAAGAGGUUCAGUUCUCUCCUUCAGAGGAGAAGCUCAUUGCCCUCUGGAAAUACUGGUGUAGGGAAGACAGUUUCUUUUUGUCAGAAACAGAUCUCUAUAAAUACUUUAGAUGGGCAAAGCUUUUUGGGUUUUUUACUGAUGUCCUGUAUGCUUUAGAUGUUUUUGUCUGCGACUGCAUGGACUCCAUUUUCCAGUUCGUCUGGAGCCAGGGACGUGUCCUGCCUUCCAUCUACCCAGCAUUUAUAAAGCUUUUCCCAGUCCUGAAGUGCAGAGCAGCUUUUUUCCAAUGGAUCUCUAACUGUUAUGGCCAGUCUCCGUUUCCACCGCCUUUGGCAGAAGACGCGGUGGGGGAGGACAUUCUGCUUCCCACCCCCCCGCUUCGCGGCGGGGGGGCUGAAAUUUCACGGCGCGAAGAAGUUUUUUUUACUCUUGCUCCGGAGCAUGCUCAGAUGGAGCCUUCUCCUCCCCCCCCCUUCUCUCUCUCCGGGGGGAUGGGAGUGCCCGCUCAAGCCAGCGCCGGCCUCUCAGACUCCGCCUUCAGACAUGGGGGCGGCACCGGUCUCUGAGGCUUCCUCCACGCCCCUGUCAGAGCCGUCACUCCAGGAGAUCCCGUCUCCGCCUCUCCAGGCGGUCCCGCCUGUGGUUUCACUGGCCUCCCCGCCCCCGCAAGAGCCUGUGUCGGGGAAGGCAGAAGAGACAGCACUUCCGGCGAUUGACCUGUUGCUAAGCAACAGCGAUGCUCCGCCGCUUCUCCCAGCUCCACUGCUGCCUGUUUGCGCUGCGACAGAGACUGCGACUGCGCCUCCACAGCGGACCCCGGAGUCAGCGGCGGGGGACGGCGCCGGCCCCCUGCCGUGCCUGCCGCCGCUUUCAGGGCCGGGGGAUGCGGCGGCGGCGUGUUCCCGCGCGUCCCCGCCGCCUCAAGCCGAGACAGUCCCAGAGUCAGUGGCAGAAAACGGCGCUGAACCCGCGAGACCCUCGGAGCAGCCCGCGGCUGAUCUUACAAUCAGCAUGAUUCCCUCCUCGGCCGGCUCCUCCGCGGCCAGAGUCACUGCCGCGUUCCAGGCCAGCCCCAGCAUCACCCACAGCCCCGCGGGCCCCCACCCCGGCCCGGCGCCCCCCAUGGCCGGCCCGCCAGCCCUGGGCCUGCCCCAGGAAGUGGCCCCGGAGGCUGGUCUCUCCUUCAGUGGAGCGGGGGCUGCCCACCAGCUGACUUUUGCGGCAGUCCAGCUGCCGGGUUUUAGGAUCGGCGUUCUCUGCGGUUUGGGGGGUGGUGUUUCGGUUGCUGUCCCAUGGAGGCUGCCAUCUCUGCCGCCCCUCUUGUGCCCUAGCGGCGAGGGGGAGGGGGCUCCCGAAAGUUCUGCCUUUGGUCCCCAGCUCGGUGGGGGUGGUGCCGUGUUGCUGUGGGAAACAAACAUUCCCAGACCCGAGAUGAAGAUUCUCGGGGCAGCUUCUAUUUCCUCACUGCUGGCAUGCCUCAGUGGUUUAGGGGAAAGGAAGCGUCUCACUACCCGUGCUGCCAUUGUGCUGGCAGCAGGGUUCAGGCCUGUGGAAAUGCAGAGCCUUCCUUAUGAGUUUGGCCUGGGCCGUUGGGCUCAGGAGGUUCCUGGGCCAGGGCCAUCACUUGGCCUCCUUCUGUUUCUGGGGGUUCUGGUUUCUCCUACUGGACCUGGUCCCCCUUUGUGAGCCAGUUUUUGGGGUUCCUGGUCCAGCAUGGGCCAGGGCCCCCAGGGCCUUUUCCUUCUCUGGCACUGCUCUGCUCGGCUGCUGCUCUUUUGUUUUCGAUCAAAAAAAAAAAAAAAAAAAAAAAAAAAAAAAAAAUUAAAAUUAAAUUAAAAAGAUUGAAACUAGCAGGCAGCAGCUCUGAAGCGCUGAAGCACUGAAGGGCCAGAAAAGGACAUUCUAAAAAUUGUUCAAAUUGUUUUAAAUUGUUUUAAAUUCUUUAAAAUUGUGUUAUGCUGUUUCAGGACAAAAAGGACUCUCAGAUGUCCAAAAGAAACAACUUCAGCUGAUGGACUGCUCCUGAAACUCAGCUGCAUGGACUCAAAUUCUCUUUACAUUGUAUUUUGCAUUUUUCUUAUAUUGUAGGAUUGUUUUAGUGAUUUGUGAGUAUUCUAUAUUUUAUAGGUGAAGAAAUUUCCUGUUCAUUCCACAUCAGCAGUUUUCUUUUAUUUUCUACAAUUUAGAAAGGAAUGAUAUCAGUAAUGAUGCCAGCACACCCCCACUGAGGAUCAAGUUAACCAUCAAAGGACAGCUUAUCCUUAUUGCAGGAGUAAUCACUGCCAACAGGAAGCAAAUUUGGUUCACAUAUUAACAAGUUCAACCCACAGGGUGCCAGGUCAUCGAAGGCAUCGGCAGGGAUGGCUGAGAGCGAGUUCUGAGACAGGCAGAGCAAGCUCAAGGCACUGAGGCCCUGGAAGAAGCGUUGUGGAACCACGCGCAUCCCCUGUGGCUGCUGCGCCUGCAGCUUCAGCUCUCAGAGGCCAUGCAGGGAGCGGAAAGGCAGCAGCUGACGCGGGUGUGGGCUCAGGCAGCGCAGCGCAUUGGCAGCAGCUCCAGCACGCCCAGGGUCACCUGCACCGCCUGCAGUGCGGCCACGCUCACCUCCAGCAGCGGCUGCGGGCCAGGGAAAGCCGGCAAAGCCGUAGAAGCCCCUGGAAUGCCACAGCUGCCCAGUGCCGCAGGCUGUUCCCGCCCAGGCCAAGGGGCUGCAGGCAGUGACAGAAUGACCCACUCAGGAGAUGAGGGAAGGGCCGUGGAUGGAUAUUUAUAGAGAGCAGUAAAGCCUUUGGCACUGGAGGAGCUGGCUGCUCAUGGAUUGGACAGGGCAACUGUUUGCUGCAUGAGAAACUGGCUGAUGCCCAAGCCCAGAGAGUGGUGGGGAAUGGAACUAAAUCCAGCUGGGGUUAGUGUAGCAGGACGUGUUCCCUGCCACAAGAGCUUGCUGAUUGGUGAAAUAAAUCACUAAAGACC